AUGGAGAAGGGAUACAGCACGGUCACCUUCGACGGGACGCCCAGCUACGGUCACACGCCCUCGCACCACGCGGCACAGUUCCCCAAUCACUCCUUCAAGCACGAGGAUCCCAUGGGCCAACAGGGCUCGCUGGGUGAACAGCAGUACUCCGUGCCGCCCCCAGUCUACGGCUGCCACACGCCCACCGACAGCUGCACAGGCAGCCAGGCCCUGCUGCUGAGGACGCCCUACAGCAGUGACAAUUUAUACCAAAUGACCUCUCAACUUGAAUGCAUGACCUGGAAUCAGAUGAACUUAGGAGCCACAUUAAAGGGAGUUGCUGCUGGGAGCUCCAGCUCAGUGAAAUGGACGGAAGGGCAGAGCAACCACGGCACGGGGUACGAUAGUGAUAACCACACCACUCCCAUCCUCUGUGGUGCCCAGUACAGGAUACACACCCACGGCGUCUUCAGGGGCAUUCAGGACGUGCGGCGAGUGCCCGGAGUAGCCCCGACUCUUGUUCGGUCAGCAUCUGAGACCAGUGAGAAACGCCCCUUCAUGUGUGCUUAUCCGGGCUGCAAUAAGAGAUAUUUUAAGCUGUCUCACUUACAGAUGCACAGCCGGAAGCACACUGGUGAGAAGCCAUACCAGUGUGACUUCAAGGACUGUGAGCGAAGGUUUUCUCGUUCAGACCAGCUCAAAAGACACCAAAGGAGACACACAGGUGUGAAACCAUUCCAGUGUAAAACUUGUCAGCGAAAGUUCUCCCGGUCUGACCAUCUGAAGACCCACACCAGGACUCAUACAGGUGAAAAGCCCUUCAGCUGUCGGUGGCCCAGUUGUCAGAAAAAGUUUGCCCGGUCAGACGAAUUAGUCCGCCAUCACAACAUGCACCAGAGAAACAUAAGCAAACUCCAGCUGGCGCUUUGA